UUUGUGUCGCUCUCAAGGGUCAGGGGCUACGUUCCUAGGCCCGCAAUGGUGGGCUCUCACGUAAAUGUGAAAGAGGGAGUGGAGAUUGAUGGCACUCUCUUUCUUGUGGUGGUGGAGAAGCAGUGAUCUUUGCGAGGCAGAUGCUAGAGGAAACGUGGUUUGGUUAGUCUAUGCUUUCUUUAAUCCCAUGGAAGGGGACUUGUGGAGAGUGCGGAGAAUUUAAGUGGCCAGGGGAGUUUCGCAAACUUCUCUCCCUCAACUACAAUGUACGCACACACCGACGUUUAGACACGCGCGCGCACUCGAGAUCCAGAGAGCCCGGGCAUUACUUACAGCUCCGCAACAAAGAGGGAAAAGAAGAGUGUGUGUCAAAGCCAAAAGGCGCUUCACAUCUGAAAGGAGCUCUCCUCUCUUUCUGAUUUGAAGGGAUGAGCGGUAGAAGAAGAAGGGGACUGGAGCGAUUUAGUCUCCUGUGGUCCUAGGAUCAAGGAGAUGAAUUGAAUCACAAGUAUCCAGAAUUUCUCUCAUUUCUCUGUCCCUCUCUUUUUUUUCUCUCCACAGAGGUAGUUGAACCAUAGUAAAUGUAAAUGCUCUCUUUCUGCAAGGCAACAGAGAUUGCGAGGGGGGGAGGGAGAGAAGGAAGAGGGUCUGGCUAUGGGAGAACAGAGAAGACAAGUUUUUCUGGUUUGAUUGUAAGCUGUGGUGGUGGUGGGGGUGUGUCUUUGUUUUUGUGUUGUUGGGAUUUUGGAGAAGGUUAGCUCGUUUUCCAGGUGACAAAUUUUUGUUCUUGGAGCUCCCAGGAAAUCUCAUUCCCAAUCAAAUUGUUUGUGAGGAUAUUUUGGAGGAAGCUUGCAGGCCAACAGGGGAGGAGGGAGGAGGAGGAGAAUCACUUCAAUCAUCAAAAUGGUACUACUACUACAUGAGGGACUUCUUCCUUGAAAGUUACUUCCACACCUCUCUCUCUCUCUCUCCUCCCUCUUUAUUCUUUCUCCUUUGAUUCCUCCAGAAAAGAGUGUAGAAGGAUGUUGCUGCUGCUGCUGCUCCUCAUGCCUCCUUCUCCUUCCUCAUCCUCUGACAUUGCUGUGGUGAUGGAAGACUUGGCACCUCCAUGGCCUUCUCCUCCAGCCUCAAGCUCCGUCAGCAAUGGCAAUGGCAUCAACGCAGCUUCUUUCCCAAGAACUUCUCCCUCCUCCUCCUCCUCCUCUCCCAUGAGAUUCACGGCUCUUCACGUCACCAUGAUCUUCAUUGCUAUCCUCCUGUGCGUCAUCAUCUGCGCCAUUCCCUGGGACAACAUCAAAUGCAAUGGCAGCAGCGCCGACAACCAAAACCAAAAUCCUCACCACGAGCAGCCGGAAGAAACCGCGGCACUGGGCGACGAGGAGCAGCCGCAGCCGCAGCAGCAGCAGCAGCCAGCCUCGGGCCUGACCAAAAAGAUAAUCAAAUCCUUCCAGCUGGUGAGGUAUGGAUCAUCGUCGCUGCGGGAAAAGGCCGAGAGCGACACCAGCGGCUGCGGCGGCUGCUGGACCGAGUGCAUGAUCUGCCUCAGCGACUUCCGGAACGGCCAGAUGGUUCGCAUCCUCCCACACUGCAGCCACGGCUUCCACCGAAAGUGCAUCGAACAGUGGCUCCACUCGCACACCUCGUGUCCAAUCUGUCGUAACGCACUGCUCGUUCCAGGCAGUCCGGAGAAAACCACAGCAGCUGUGCCACACCAACACCGUCGCCAUCAUCACCAGCCUGAGCAGCAGCAGUCUGGAGCUCAUCACCACCACCACCACCACCACCAGAGCCAGCUAGAGCAAGUCGUAGUCGUCGAUCCGGAGAGUACUCAGGUCGAGGAGGCCGGGGAGCGAGCUUCCGACGAUCAGGACGGCCAGAGUGUACAUAGCCGAGCUUACGUUGUUGAUUCAGACUGAGUUGAGAUGAUGAGAUGAUACCAGCGAUGAUUAAUCUCGAGUUUUCUUCCUCCAGUCU